AUGGCAUCAUCGAAUAAUGGUAAAAAAAGAAAACCGUCUAACACGAAGGCUGCCAUAGCAUCCAGAGUCCAAAGAAAUCGAGUCAAGGAACAAGGAGCAACUAUAUCAAAUCUUAACAGACAAUUGUCAGAUCUUACGCAAAAAUUAGAGAUUAUGGAGAAUAAUAACAAAAAUUUAUUCGAGCUUAAGGAGCAGGUCGAGCAACGUCUUGAAGAUUGUAAAAAAAGUAAGGAGCAGGUUGAGAGACAACUUGACGAUUAUAAAAAAAGAACGGAAGAAACCUUGACUGCCAAAAAUAGUAUAAUAUAUGCAAAAGAUUUCAUAAUUUUGGAACUUCUUAGAAACAAUAACACUUUUGUCGAUAUCAAUAAUAUGAUUAACACCGAGGGUUUCAACAAUACCAUCAAUAACUACUGA